GUUUUCUUCCUUCCUCUGAUCAUAUUGCGUCGUCGCGGUGGUGGUGUUGGUGAGGAAGUGAUUUUCUUACCUCACUGACUGCCAGUACUGCUUACUUUACACAGGAUUUUGGCCGAGCGCGUGAAAAAGGUGUACUCCUCAGUUGAGCUCGCGAUCGUGCGCGAGAAACUAUUCGUUGCGAAGUGAGGUGGAGUUGUAAUAUGCUGGAUUCAAGAAGAAUUUAAGUGAUUUUGUGAAUAGUUGUUGAUAGAUUCCUGUGGGAGCCCAAGGGCCAAGAAGGAGUUCCAGGAGAGUCGGUGCCUGUAUUAGUCGCUGCGCGCGCCAAGUUCCAGUCCAGCCGCCAAGAUAGGUGCCAUGGGGAAAGACUACUACAAAACGCUCGGCAUACCGAAAGGGUCCACCGACGAGGACAUCAAGAAGGCGUACCGGAAGCUGGCGCUCAAGUUCCACCCGGACAAGAACAAAAGUCCGGGCGCGGAGGAAAAGUUCAAAGAGGUAGCCGAAGCGUACGAGGUGCUAUCCGACAAGAAGAAGCGCGAACUGUACGACAAAUACGGCGAGGAAGGACUGAAAGGAAGGACGUCAAAUGGCACCACAAACUCGUCACAAAACUUCACAUACGAAUUCCACGGCGAUCCGCGGGCGACGUUUGCGCAGUUCUUCGGCUCGAGCAACCCGUUCGCGUCCUUCUUCGACAUGCACAAUGACAGCCUGUUCAACGACAGUUUGUUCAACGACGACGAGUUUUUCACGUCGUUCGGGGGGCUCGGCAACCGGCACGGGCUGGGGGGAGCGUUUCGGUCACACUCGUUCAACGUGCACUCGCCGCUCAAGAAGGAAAAGGUGCAGGACCCGCCGAUCGAGCACGACCUGUACGCGACGCUGGAGGAGAUCUACCAUGGCUGUGUGAAGAAGAUGAAGAUCUCGCGGAGGGUGCUGCAGCCGGACGGCACCUCCAAGAAGGAGGACAAAUACGUCAGCAUAUCGAUCAAACCGGGCUGGAAGUCCGGCACGAAGGUGACGUUCCAGAAAGAGGGCGACCAAAGCAAGGGGAAGAUACCUGCCGACAUUGUGUUUAUCAUCCGCGACAAGCCGCACGUCUGGUUCCGGCGGGAGGGCAGCGAUCUGCGGUACACGGCGAGGUUAACGUUAAAACAGGCCCUGUGCGGCGUGAUCUUCGAGGUGCCGACGAUGACGGGCGAGAAGCUGCGGAUCAGCACCAAGCAGGAGAUCAUCAAGCCGAACACGGUCAAGCGGAUCCAGGGCUACGGGCUGCCCUUCCCGAAGGAACCGUCCCGCAAGGGUGACCUGCUGGUGGCAUUUGACAUCAAAUUCCCCGACAAGCUGACGUCGUCGGAGAAGGAACUGCUGAACGAUAUGCUGCCAAACUCCUAGUUUGGUGCAUUUCCACACCCCAACCCCUUUCUCUCCCCAAAACAAACAAGCAAACAAAACUUAAGCGCUGUUGUAGUCUUCCUGCGAUUUUUAUUUUUUUACUCCUGUUGUAACUCUGUUGUCCUUUCCUGCCACGAAGCAACAACAUAAUACUGACACACACAAGAACACACGCACAUGAAAACUCAUUUUACGUUUAUUUGUGUAAAAUUUUAAUUUUAAACUGUAUGUUAAUUUAUUUUGCUCGUAAUCAAGAUGUAUAUGCAAGAGGCCGUAUUUUAUCCAUUUUUAUCUGUAAAUAUUAACAGUUCCAUUUAAUUUUGUUUAUUGCUUGCUCACUGACGCGCGCGUUCCGUUCAUACACACGCAACGAAAAAAAAACAGGAAUUUAUUAAAAAUUGCGUUAAGCAAAUCUGUACUCGAGGUCGCCGCUUCACUAAAAUCCAUCCCAACCCAUUCUGGUUGAAACAAUUUAUAAAUUUUUACGCUACAAAGUAUGAUGAAAUUAAAAUUCACACCCACAAAGUUGCCCUGAACCGCACGGCAGCUUGUGCCACAACUACCAGCUCCAGAGUAGGAUUUUUGAUACGGAGAAGAUAAACAACAACAAAACAACUACCUAUUUAAAUAACAAAACUGAUGACGAAUGAUGGUAAUGAUUGUUAUUAAUUAAAUCAAACUCGCGUUAUCUGAUUCUUGGAAAUAUAUAUUCUACUAUACAAACAAACA